AUGCAUGACCACGCUGGUCAGGAACCCCUGCCUGGUUCGUUGCACCUUCAAUAUUACCGUUCGAGUAUGAUGUAUAAGGUAAUACUUUUUCUUGGAAUAUGCUGGGCGUUCGCUUCAGGUUCCAAGCCAUUAGGCGAGCAUGCAGCGAGGCUACCAGUAGCUGAUAAUAAGUGUCAGAAAAUCAUUAACUGUUACUAUACCUAUCAAGGAGAUGAGCAAAUAGAUGAAACUCUAGACAUAGAGAUGAUCAAUGUGUCUCUUUGCACUAACUUAUUUUACAGUCUGGCUAAUAUUGAAAAAGACGCUUCUAUACAAAUUACUGAUGAAUACACGGAUCUCAACUUGAAUGCGUUUCGAAGGAUCAACGCUCUUCGAAAAAAGAAUAGACGCUUGAAAACCUUAGUCGCAAUGCAGGAUUCUAUUUGGGAUUCUCCAGACAAAAAUAAUAAAAAUAAAAUAUUAUUUGAUCCGACUCUGAGAGAAAAACUUGUUGGUAAUAUUGUGAACUUCGUGGAAAAAUAUAAAUUCAAUGGUAUCGACCUCCAAUCGCAAUAUCUAACGCAAGAGAAUACAGAUGAUUCUGAUAAACAAAAUUUCGUUCUACUCUUGAAGGCACUAAAAGAAAAAUUCGAUAAAAAAGGUUUUAUUUUAUCCUUAGCAGUUGAAGGUAUAGAAGCAACUGCUAAGAAAUAUGAUAUUAAAGAAAUGUCGAAGUAUGUUAGCUUUAUAAAUUUGAGAACAUACAAUUUGCACGGAGAUCUCUACACUAAUGGCAAAAUACUGAAAUCUGGCCAUCUUGCUCCACUGUAUAAUUCAUCCAAAGAAAACACGGAGGAUCGGAAACUAAAUGUUGAUUCCAUCGUGAAAUACUGGAUUUCGAAAGGAGCUCCAACAAAGAAGUUGAUACUGGGAACUACUUUUAAGGGAAUGUCCUAUACUCAUGGGCGGAUUAAGACCUUUCGGGCUGAAUAUGCAAAAAGUAUCCAUCUCGCUGGUGUAUUUGUGGACAGUAUAGAACAAGAUGAUUUCAAUGGACACUGUGGAGGAGUAUUGGAUACUAACUCCAUCAUCGAAAGGAAGGCUGAAUUUUCUAAACAUAUCGAGCUUGGUGGUGUAGUCGUAGAUAAUAAUGAUGGCUAUGAUUUUAUUGAACGCUGUAAAAGAAUCCCCAAACUUGGAUACUGUGAACCGAUUCCUCAGAGACAAAGCAACAGAGUCUAG